AUGCCUCAUAGCUCCACUUCUAGGGUUAAGCAGAAGCCUACCCUCUUAGCAAAUCCCCAUAACCAUUCUCCUGUAUGGUUCCUAGCUAUGCCUCCACAAGCGGUCUCUCCUGUGGUUGCUAUCUUUGUGCCAUCAAUAUUGAUCUUACACCAGUGGGUUCGGGUGGUUGCCGAUUUUGACUGUAUCUUAAAGGGUCUCUGUUUUCUUUUUCUGAUUCUUCUCUCCCAAUCAGGGGACUUGGUUAAAGAUCUCAAGAGUUCCCCAUGGAGUACGCAGUUGUUUGACGCUCUCUACAGUCCUAAUUCCACCCUUCUUUCAUCGUCUUCUUCUCUUUCUUUUAUCUUUGCUUCAUUUUCCGAGAAAAUGUUGAAUCUGACGGAAAAUCCAAAGCUGGACUCGUCAUCUUCCAACGAGAUAUCCAUACAAAAUAUAUCAGUUUCGGAUCAUAAUAAUGGCUUUCAAUACACAACGGAUAAUAAAACCGAUAGCUUUGUUCUCGACUUGGAAGGUUUCUCUCAUGGAGGAUCCAAUAAAGAAAUCACUCAGAAUUCAAGAUUUACAAAAAGUCUUUCUCGUAAAGGGUCUCAGAGAGGAGGGGACAAGAAGAUUAUAAGCUUCAAUUGUACAAAUUCAAAUUGUAAAUCGUCUCUCAAUGAUAAAGAUGCUUUUGUUGCCACCUCCCCGAGAGGGUCUAGCACUGCUGAAAAGCCGGUGACGGCCGCUGUAGGGUCAACUGAUAUGGCCAACAAUCCGCAAGCUCGUCAUCAGAUCACCAUUACAACUGGCAAUCACCGCUCUAACCGAGAGCAGAUUUAA